UCUUCCAUUUUGAUGAAUAAAAAAUUGGGCAUUGUGAAAGGCGUCGUCUUCUCAACGCAAUGAUGGAAGGUUUAUGGUUAUGAAUGAGUCAUGAGUACUUUCUUUCUGCUGCUUCUUCAUUUCAACAAAGCUACCUUUCUAUAACUCUUAGUUUGAUAUACAUGUAUGUGUUGAAUGCUGAACACUGACUGAAUUUCUGUGCCGAUUAGUCCGUAGAGCAUGAAUUCACCAUCGACGCAGUUCGUUUCCUCGAGAAGGAUGGGUGUGUAUGAUCCUAUCCAGCAGAUCAAUAUGUGGGGAGAUAGCCUCAAAAGUAAUGUCAAUUUAAGUGCAUCCAUUCCCUUAAUUGAUGAAGCCGACAUUAAGUUUGAUAGUCAGUCAGAGGAUGCUUCUCAUGGUAUCCUGGGAACGAAUAUCAAAUAUGACCAAGAAGCAAGUAAACCUGUUGAUAAGAUACAGAGACGACUUGCGCAAAAUCGAGAGGCUGCUCGGAAGAGUCGUUUGCGGAAAAAGGCCUAUGUGCAGCAAUUAGAAUCUAGUCGUUUGAAGUUGAUGCAGCUAGAGCAAGAGCUUGAACGUGCGAGACAGCAGGGAAUGUAUGUAGCCGGUGGAUUGGAUACUAAUCAUCUAGGUUUUGCUGGACCUAUUAAUUCAGGAAUCACAGCUUUCGAGAUGGAGUAUGGACACUGGGUUGAGAAGCAAAAUAGUCAAAUCUUAGAACUGAGAAACGCUUUAAAUUCUCAUAUUGGUGACUUAGAGCUGAGGAUACUUGUAGAUGAUAUGAUGAAUCACUACACUGAAAUCUUUCGUAUGAAAUCUGCUGCUGCAAAAGCAGACGUUUUCUAUGUAAUGUCCGGCAUGUGGAAAACUACGGCCGAGAGAUUUUUCUUAUGGAUUGGAGGCUUUCGCCCCUCUGAACUUCUAAAGGUUCUUCUUCCUUUGAUUGAACCUUUGACGGAGCAACAACGAUUGGAUGUCUGCAACCUCGGACAAUCAUGUCAGCAAGCGGAAGACGCCCUUUCACAAGGUAUGGAGAAACUACAGCAAACACUUGCUGAUAGCAUAGCCGCCGGACAACUGAUGGAAGGAAGUUAUAUUCCGCAGAUGGCUACUGCAAUAGAGAAGUUGGAAGCUCUUGUGAGCUUUGUGAACUAGGCUGAUCAUCUUCGGAAGGAGACACUGCAGCAGAUGUCUCGAAUAUUGACUAUCCGUCAGGCAGCUCGAUGCUUGCUUGCUUUGGGGGAAUACUUCCAACGCCUGAGAGCUCUGAGCUCGCUUUGGUCGAAUCGUCCUCGCGAACCAGCUUAGUCUUCUUCAACAAGUGUAAGAAUCCUAACUUGUAACGUGAACUGCGGUGUGAUGAAAUGCGGCCAAGUUUCUUUGGCUAGGAGCAUGAGAAAACCGUGUACCACGCGGCUGACGGGGUGGUACAGGGAUGCUCAUUUUUUUCAGCAGUCUUUUGAGUUAUGGAGAAGUUGUAAAUAUGAUUGCUCUCAUAAUUUUAUGCAUGAGUUUGUAAAUGAAUUAAUUUUGGACGCAUUGGUAUAGGUUUGUUGCAAAAAUCAAAUAUUUACAAUAAGUCUGCUUGGAAGUUGGUCAUGUAAAAUGUGUAUAAUAUUAUGUUGUGUGUUUUUGAAGAUCAAUGGACUCUCUUUUGAAGAACAUAGUUUUAUUUUAGU